AUGUCAUCACAUGCUACAUUGAUUGUUAUUAUCAUUAGUAAAGAAAAUUCUAAUUCGCUUACUCAAGGAUUCGCUAAGUAUCAAUCCGCUGAAGAUGAUUUUAAAACGGUUCGCUGGAAAUAUUUUUAUCCUUUCCAAAAGCCUUAUGCCGAAUUUUCAGCAGGAGAUAUCGUAAUGUUCGUGGGAAAAUUUAUAGUUGAAAGUUUGGAACAAUACAUCACAGUUUCUCAUGUCAAUGUUAUCGCGACUGGUGAUUCGAAUCAAGAGUUUGAGGCUAAUGAGAUCCCGUUUAGCAUUUCUUAUUGUAUGUUUCUUGUGCUGGUUAAUCGUGAUCCAAAAGAACCUACGGAUAUUGACUUUGCAACCAUUAAUGUUAAUGCAAGCCAAAAUACCCAAGGAAGCUCAUCAUUUAUUGAUUAUUGCUCAGAUGUCGACCUGAUCGCUGAUGAUGUGGAACCUGCUAAUACCAGAACUCUUAAGAGACCUCAUAGAUUAAUACCAAACCCUUCUAAGCAAGAUACAAGCUCUGAACUCAAUAACGAAGAAACUACCGUCUCUCUUCCAAACACGAUUUCUGUUGUAGCUGCCAAUGCUAAAACUAUCCAACCUCUGAAAGGAAAAAAAA